GAUAUGACCAUGAUCAAGAAGGUGGUUGUAUAGGUGGUGGCUGCUGGCAUUGCACUAUAGCUGGCGGCUGCUGUCUUGAACAUCCUACGGGAUCGGGUUGGGAGUGGGAAAAUAUAAAUAUAAAAAAAGAAAAUAAACAAUGUUUAUACUGA